AUGGCCGCAAACGACAAGCCCACUUCAGUGGCCAAGGACCUUUUCGAGGACAUGGGUCGCCAGGUCGAAGGCAUGAAGGCCAACACUGAGGACGGUGACGACCAGAGAGUUGUCGACGAGAUUGAGAGUUUGUGCAUGAACUGCCACGCCGAUGGCAUGACCCGCCUUCUCCUCACUCGCAUUCCCUACUUCCGCGAAAUCGUUCUCUCAUCCUUUUACUGCCCUCAUUGCAGCUUCAAGAACACCGAGAUCUCAUCUGCCGGCCAGAUUCAGGAGCGCGGUUCAAAAUACGUCUUCAAGGUUGAGAACGCCGAUGACUUCCAGAGAUCAGUUGUCAAGGGUGAUGGUUGCGCAUUCAGAGUCGAGGACAUUGACCUCGAGAUUCCUCAAGGAAGAGGUCAGAUGACCAACAUUGAGGGUAUCCUCGCUGGUGUCAAGGAGGACCUUUCACAGCACCAGGAAGCUAGAAUGCAGCAAAUGCCCGAGGCUGGCGCAAAGGUCGCCGAGGUCAUCCAGGCUCUGGGUGACAUGCUCGACGGCAAGAGAUACCCCUUCACCGUUUCCGCCGAGGACCCUUCAGGAAACUCUUUCAUCCAGCCCUCGCCUACCGACGCCCGCCACAAGUACACUCGCACUGAGUUCGACAGAACCCCCGAACAGAACGCUUUCCUUGGUAUCGGUGAGGAGGCUCCCGCCGACGAUGGUCAACAGGCCCCUGAGACCAACAUCAGACCCGAAUACCGUGCCGCCGACGGCCUUGUCGGUGGUGGUGCUGCCGAUGCACCCAGAACUGUCACCACCAACAACGUUGACGAGGAGGAUAUUCGCGAGAACGAAGUCUACUCAUUCCCCGCCAGCUGCCCCGGAUGCACACGCCACUGCACAACCAACAUGAAGAUGGUCAACAUUCCUUUCUUCAAGCAGGUUGUCCUGAUGAGUACUGUCUGCGAGCACUGCGGCUACCGCAGCAACGAAGUCAAGACUGGUGGUGAGGUUCCUGAGAAGGGCUCAAGAAUCACCCUCGCAGUCAACACCCCCGAGGAUUUGGCUCGUGAUGUUCUCAAGUCUGAGAGUGCCGCUCUUUACUGCCCUGAGCUUCAACUGCGCGUCGAGCCCGGUACCCAGGGUGGUCGCUUCACAACCGUCGAAGGUCUUUUGACCAACUUCCGCAAGGAUCUCCGCGCCCAGGCCUUUGGUCUCGAGAACGGUGACGAUGAGGAGGAAAUCCGCGCAGCCGCCGACUCUAUGCAAAACGAGACCAAGCGUACUUGGGAGGAGUUCUUCACCACCCUUGGUGAUGCCAUUGACGGCAAGAGACCUUUCACCGUCGUCAUCGAAGACCCUCUCGCCUCAUCAUACGUCCAAAGCUACACCGCUCCCGCACCCGACCCGCAAAUCCAAGUCGAGGAGUACGAGCGCACUGAAGAGGAAGAGGAAGACUUGGGCUUGAAGGACAUCAAGACCGAGGACUACGGUUACACCCAGACUGAGGAGAAGAAGGAGGAGACCACCACUGAAUGA